UUAGAAAAUUCAAUAAAAAGAAUUGUAUUGACAAAAAAUAUCAACUUCAGAGUAAACCGUCUGUUUGAAUAUUUGUUUUUUUUUUCUUUUCGAUUUAAAAUCAAUCAUAAUAGUAACAAUGAGAAGUAAACUUGUAAUAUUAUUCUGUUUUAUUGCAAUAAUUUAUCCGGUUACUUUAUUAGAUCCUAGUUGUAAAGAUAAAUUAAAUACAAAUGAAGUCUUACAUGAAGAACCAUGUUUUAUUAGUUGUCUACCUAAUGGAACACCCAUAAAAAUAAAUAUGGCACUUCUUUUUUGCUUCAAUUUUUUUCUUUGAAUAGCUUGUUGCAAAAUGGAUUGCUGAAUAUGGUUUACCUGAUGUUCUUGAUCUUAAUUAUGAUAUUACUCGUAAAUAUACACCACUAUGGUAUGAUGAAGAACUUCAAGAAUUAAUUAAUGCUGCAUGCAGUAUAUUAGGAGCAUGGGGUGAAUCUACAAUAUCAUCAACAUUACUUCAUCUUCGUUCAUUAGAUUGGGAUAAAAAAGCUUCAAUAGCUAAAUAUGCAAGAGUAACUAUCUAUCACCCAAAUGCAUCUUAUGAAGUUUAUGCCAAUCAUUUUCAUGAUUAUUACAAACAAAAAUAUUCGACAUCACAUGUUUUUGCUAAUUUUGGGCAAAAAGUUUGGAUUACAACUGAACAAGAUAUAACUUUACAUUUUGGUAAUCCAUCGACAUAUGUUCUUCCAGAUGUAAUUCAAUUUUCAAAUUCACUCCAUAUUGCUUUAACUAUGCUUAUUGAUACAAAACGAACUUGUUCAGUACAUCUUGGUCUUGGAGAAUUUCAUCGAAAUACUUCAAAAUAA